UGCUGUCAUGAAUUUGAAUAAUAUAUAUAAAACUAAAAAGAAAAAUUAUUAAUUUUAAUAAAAAUCAUGAAUUUUCUACAAAUUCAAUUAUUAUUAACAUUUUAUGUUUUAUUUAUUGGAUUUUUUUUUCUGAUUUAUCAAAUGUCACAAAUAUAUUUAAAUCACCAAAAACCACAUUAUAUUGAUGGCUGGCCUCCUAAUAUUCCUAGAAAUUUGAGUUUAUAUAUUAAUCUACAAAAAAAUACAACAAUAUUACAUCCAAAUGAUUAUUGUGGAUCAAAAAAUUAUCUUUAUAUUAUUGUUUGCACAGCUCCAAAUAAUAAAGAAGCAAGAAAUUCCAUAAGAGAAACUUGGGCAAAUGAAAAACAAUUAACAUUAUUAAAUUAUUUUAUUAAAGUGCAUUUUUUAAUUGGUCAAACUAAUAGUCUAAUUAUUCAAAAAUCAAUUGAACGAGAAAGCAGUGAAUUUAAUGACAUUAUUCAAGAAAAUUUUUAUGAUAGUUAUAAUAAUUUAACAAUAAAAGUUGGUAUGUUAUUAAAAUGGAUUAAUAAUCAUUGUCAAGAUACAAAGUACGUGAUGAAAAUUGAUGAUGAUAUAUUUUUAAAUAUUCCAAUGUUACUUGAUAAAUUAAAAUUACAAAAGAAUAGUGAUUUUUUGUUGGGAGAGAUACAAUAUGAACCACCAAUAAUAAGAAUUCCAAGUGAAAAAUGGUAUAUGCCUGAAUAUAUGUAUCCUCGUGAUUAUUAUUAUGAUCGUUAUCCAAGUUUUGUAUCAGGUUGUAGUUAUGUAAUGACUUUAAAUACGACAAAGAAAAUUUUGAAUACAGCAUUGACAAUUGAAUUUUUAUAUCUUGAAGAUGUUUUUUUUAAUGGUGUUGAAUUAAUAUUUGAUCCCACUUUAAUGUGA